AUGUCCGCAUAUGGUGUUAGUGCUGGCAUCAACUUCAAGUUUGGAGGUACUGUGGCCAACACGAUGGACGCACAUCGAGUCAUACAGCAUUUCCAGGAAGAGAAAGGCCCGGAAGUUGCCGACAAGAUUAUAAACUCUCUCUACUCGCAAUAUUUCGAGAACGAGAAACACCCGUCGGCAGAUGAGACCCUACUCGAAGCCACUGCCGACGCUGGAAUCCCUGAAAGCGAAGCGGGGCCGUUCAUCGAAGACAAGACCAACGGCAUGUUGGACGUAAAGAACAUGGUCCGGCAGCAAGCCGGGAAUGGAGUUGAUGCUGUCCCGACCAUCAUGUUUGAAGGUAAACGGCGAGAUAUUACACUUGUUGGGGCCAAAGAGGUCGAGGAAUACGAGAAGACGUUGAAGCAAAUCGUCAAGGAGAGUAAGUGA